CCGCUUGAUCACACCUCAUCGCUCCAGCACUGAUUUCCCCCCCUUUUUUUUUCUUUCUUUUUGUCAAGAUGAGGAACCUUCUUGGAGUUAUACUUGGACUUUUGGCCCUUGUUCAGUUAAUACCUGUUAAUGCGCUAACAGAGGCUCCUACCGAAGAUCCGUACGCUGCCGCCAAAGAGGCCGAGGGAGAGCAUUUCCUUGUGAAUUCGUCUUUCCUGCCUCAAACCACAACUGAAUCACCCAAAAGUAACACAACCGUUCAAGAAACAGACACCGAGAAGGUGAAGUCUGACCCUGAAGCCUAUGAACCUGAUAUGACUGCAGACGGUGAAGAUGAGGAUGCCGACAGCAACCAUGAGAUUCAAAGCACGACUCUGAGCCCCCAGGCCACUCAGAGCCCUGCACCCACUGUGCUGCCAAGGGAGAGUGAAGACGCCGCUUCAUUUUCCACCCAAAGCUCCUCAUCGGUGCCAAGUCUUGCAGACGACCUUUUUGAUGAGGACCACAGCCCCUUCUCACAGAGUACAGCGUCUCCUGUUUUCACCACCGCGGGCUCCGUUUCUCACCUCACUUCAAGCCACAGCCCCGUUUCAGAGUCUGGAGAUGAGAAGAUGCUCGGCCUCCUCCCUGAAUCGAGCCUCAGUACCACGUCCAGCCCGAGCUCAAGCCUCAGCCCCAGCACUACGGCUGCCCACCAUCACGACAGUGACAUGGAGCAGCAGGCACCAUCUGAGCCGACCACGACGCCGUCAACGUCCACAACUGCUUCUGUCAUGGACAAUACUGCAGCAGAGGACAUGGAAAUGUCAGGCUUAGGACCUGACAAUGACUUCUUCAGCAGCACCACUGAGAUGAGCCUUAGUACCACAGUGUCAACGUCCACAGCCGCUCCUGUCUCAGACAAUGCUGCAGCAGAGGACAUGGAAAUGUCAGGUUUAGGACCUGACAAUGACUUCUUCAGCACCACUGAGAUGAGCGUCAGUACCACAGCGUCAACAUCCACCACUACUUCUGUCUCAGACAUUCCUACUGAUAUGGAAAACUCAGGCUUAGGACCUGACACUGACUUCUUCAGUAGCACCACUGAGAUGAGCCUUAGUACCACGGCGUCAACGUCCACAGCUGCUUUUGUCUCAGACAGUACUGCAACAGAGGACAUGGAAAUGUCAGGCUUAGGACCUGAAACUGACUUCUUCAGCAGCACCACUGAAAUGUCCACAGCCACUUCUGUCACAGACAUUCCUACUGAUAUGGAAAACUCAGGAUUAGGACCUGACAAUGACUUCUUCAGCAGCACCACUGAAAUGAGCCUUAGUACCACGGCGUCAACGUCCACAGCUGCUUCUGUCAUGGACAAUGCUGCAGCAGAGGACAUGGAAAUGUCAGGCUUAGGACCUGACAAUGACUUCUACAGCACCACUGAGAUGAGCGUCGGUAGCACGGCGUCAACAUCCACCGCUGUACACGGAGCUGGAACUAUGCACUUUGACGAUUCUUCAAAUCUUGUUGAAGGUCAAGAGGACAAACGGAUGAAGACUAACAUGAACCAACCCAGGUUAUGGUUAGGGUUUGCACCACCAGUUAACUCAGAGCAUAAUGCACAUAAGGUAGAAGUUCCUCCGCAGUCCGAGCUGCAAGACCGCACUACACCAGGUUGGAUGAUCAUCGUUGGUUUUGUGGUUGGCGUGGCAGCACUGGUCAUAAUCUGCGUUGCAAUCGCCACCAGAGACAAGUGGAACGGACCAAGCCAAGCAUCGCAGGGCUUGAUGGAGACCAAGGAAAACUCUAAAGACCAGCAGAUGGAGGUAGAGAUGGAGACAUUCCUGCCGAGAGACAAUCCCACGGAAAACGGGCAGGCGGCAGAGUACACCAUCAUCCCGCUGGACGAGCUCCCCGAGGGAGAGUCACUGCCCUGAGACCCUGAAGCAAGACCCUCAGCGGAUCAGGGCCUGAGACGUGUGACAGAACCACACGAUUGUAUUCUAAGCACAUCUAUUUUAUCAGAGGAAC